AUGGUUGCCUUGUACAGGUAUAUCCUUGUGUUUAUCUUUAUUGCACCGGCUGCACAAGCAAGUACACAACUACUUCCUAAAUGUAAAGACCUAGGAAAGUAUACCCUAAAACCAAGACUACGUGAAACUUUGGCCAUUCACGUCCUACAGCAUCCGAACACUCUACUUUUGGGCUACGACUGCGAUCUUGAGGUUCUUGCUUAUCUUUUCAUUGAUUCUCCAAGCCCUUAUGAUAUCUACAAGCACUAUUUUGGAAAUCCUAUCAAAGGCUUUUGCAGAAACCGUACCUCCGACAUCCUGACAUUCGCGCGUGCUGCUGUUGACAGCUGGAAGGAAAUCCUCCAAAACAAGAUACACAAAAAGAAGCUGUUCGGCUGCAACUACAAGAAAUAUAGCAGAACGCAAAAAACUGCUUGUGUCUUUUUCUAA